ACUUUGUGCUGCAGUUGUAGUUUUGCUGUGCAUCAGCUGAAGCUUUCUGCCUCUGAUUGCUUUGCUCAUGGCAAGCAUGAAGUUAGAUGUCACAAGCCUGAAUGUUAGAUGAACAGCUGUCUAGCUGUUUAAGGGGUUGAUGGGUCUGAUUUUUUUUAUCUUAUUUUUUUGGCCAGCUUUGCACGCUAGAGUUGCUAAAGGAAUAACAGAUGGUGAUAGCUAUUUCAGUAACAAAUACCAGAAUAUCAUUUCCAUUUCAAGUUUAAUAGAAUUUUGGAGACACUAAAUGUUCAGGAAGGGACUUCUACUGAAGUCACCUUUUUAGAAAUGUCUUUACCAUUGAAUAACCAGAUCACAAUACCAAGGAGUUCAAGAUGGAAAUGUGAAAACUUUGAUCAGACACUUUUGAACAAGGUAUCACUGACUCUGCUUAAGGUGAGUUUGAUGCCUGUGCCUUUACACUGUUUGUGUACAUUAGUGAAUCAUAUGAUUCUAGGAUUAGUGAGAUUUUUUUAGAUUCCAUAGUAGAAUUCUGCUGCUCCUUACCUGAUUUCACUUUUGGUCUCUUUCUUAGUUCACCUUUAAACUUACUUGUAUCUUAGUUUAAAGCUCAUUAAUAGGUUUGCAUGAUCACAUUUAUGAGAGUAAUUAUUAGUAAGUUUGCUUUCCUUGAGUUAAUGUACAGGUAAAUGCUGUAACAACCUAUUAACGCGCAGUUUUAUUUUUCAAAAGUUUUAAAAUGAGGAGUAGACUUCAAGUUUUAUAUCUAUUGGAAGGUACAUAUAUACACAGGUUCAUUUUAAAGGGUUGAGAUUAUACUCAUGUACCAUUGUAACAACAAAAGCAUUGAACAAGAUAUUUUGGAUGACUGGAAUCUUUUUAUUCACAUAUGUCAUAAGCAGCUAGCAAGGUGCCUGAUAGGUGGCACGUAUAUGGUAAUGUAGCCUGCUAAGAUGUCUGGUUUGGGUGGUAAGCUUGCACAGAGGGUUUCUUGUCAAAAGCAGCAGAAAAUAGGACUCCUUGUGAGCAGUCUGUUGCCUGUCCAAGAGUGUCCGGAGCCUUCCCAGCUUGUUCUGCAGCUCCUUGACUCUUACUCAUCACUGUGAUUAAAGGUGAGGUGGGCUCUGAGCAUUAGCUUCCAGUUCUUAGAAACAAUUCAGGGUUAGGAGGAGGAUUUGCCAGCCCAGAGCUAGGCAUGAAGUAGCAUGUGAGGUGGUGUUUUUUCUGUAUGGAAGUUUUCUGUUAGUGAUUCUGGUGUCUUGGACAGUAAAUGAAAUAGUCAGUGUGAUCAGUCUGAAACACGUGUUUAAGCUCCUGUUUUCUGGGAUGUGAAAAGGAAGAGCAAAGGAGAGAUGAGAUUUUAGCAAGGAACUGACAAAUAAUAUACAGAGAAAACUGAGAACGCUGUUCCAAAUGGCAGGAUAUAGCUUGUCAUUUUCAAGUCACUGAUUCUGCAUUUAAAGCUUUUCUUUUGUUAGCUGCAGUAAGAAUUGUGCUAUAAAAGUGCAGUGUAGAUGUGGUCCUAUCCAGGACAGUUAUGCUGUCUGUUCAGGUGGGCUGUUAGUGUUAUUGUUCCUUUGUUGGUUGGUUUGCUUUUUUAACCUUUAUUUUAAUCUUGGUUAUUUACGAAUUUCAUGAGAUUGGUACCUGGAGCCUCAGCUGUGAUCACUUUGUAUUUAUACUAUAAAAGACACAGCACUGGCUCUUGCUUUAAGCAGCCUGCCAUUGUAUUUACAUCUAACAAAUUUCUUUAUUUUUACAAACUUUGAAAUGAAGCCAAGUUUUUAAGGGACAGCAUUUUACUAAAACUUCAAGAGAAAAAAAAGGAGUAGAGGGAAUAGCGAGGUCUCAGCUGUGCUGGAAAUGUAUCUGUUGAAAAAGGCUGUAGCCUUUCUGCUUUCUGCUGUAACAAACACAACUUGAUUCAGCAUGGUCAGCUCUUCAGAGCAAAGCAGUGGCUGUGGGUCCUUUGCCUGCGUUUCCAAAUGCACGCCUGUGGUGCCUGCCAUCCCUCUGCUGGGAGGAGCUGAUACCACAGGCUAAACUGCUGAAGAAGCCCCCUGGCAUCACAGUGGGUGAGUGUGAACAUGGAGAUACGUCUGACUUUGCCCAGGUGAGUGUUUAUGAGUCCAGAGAGAGAAAUCCUGUCUCCUGGCAGCUCGUUUAUCAGCACCCAGUGUGGUGUGGCCUCUGCUCAUGUCUGCUGCUGGCCUUGGGAGGGUUUCUCUUGAGUCGCCUUCAGCUGCGCUGAAUGUAAGCUCCUUACAUAACUCGCUAGAUCCUAUGUGUCUGUGCCUUGCUGAGGCUGCCUGCUCCCCGUCUGCCCCAGGAGGAAGCUCAGGAAACUCCUUUUUGUUUGAUCUCUUGUGCACCUUGAAAGCCUGUCUGCUGUGUGCACUGCCUGGCGCAGCGUUUCCUAAGGCUGAGCCUUGAGGUGCUGUGUCCCACUGACAGGAGGAGCUGUGGCCGUGCCGGCCUUCCCCUUCCUGCUCUGGUUAUGGCUCCGUUUUUGUCCUGUUUUCUGCUUGAAUUCUGAUUUGCUGUGUGUGAGCUCUGUUUUCUGUGUCUAGCUGCUGAUAGAUCCCUGCUGGAUCCUCUUUAUUAGCUCGUUAAAAAGGAGAAUUAAGGACUACUUGGGAGAGAAGUUCCCUUUUGUAAGUGCAGUAGGUCAGACUGCCUUCCUCCUCUGGCCGCUGGGGUUUUACUUUCCUCAGAAAUAAUGAAUCUGGGGGCACAGCACCUGGGGCAGGAGGCAGACUGCAAAGCUUAUUGUGCUCAAGUAGGGCCCUACUUCUGCUUUUUGUUUUGGUGCUGCUGUAGAUAACUGUCAUUGGCCUCGGUGCAGAAAGAAAUUGAAACUGGCAGAAAAAAAAAUUCUCUUAAAAGCUAAUGAGCCCAAGACAGUGCCUGGAUUUAAUGAGGCCUGCUCCUGAGAUGCUGAAGUAAUUCAGUCGCCCUCCUGGAAGUUAAUUACCUACAGUGUGCAAUGCCUGAAACCUUGCCAUGUUGCUUCGUUACGGAAGUUACAAUGAACUUAUUAAAUCCCGUGGUGCGUCAUCAGUCCUUGGGUGUCAGCUGGAGUGAAGGGCUCAGCACCUCAGAGGGCUGGGAGCAAUCAAAGAGCUCAUUAUGGAAAGGAGUUAUAAUUCUGCUGUGCCCUUGCACCAUAGGACUUGAAACAUAUCACAGACUCUGAGCCUCACACAAUGCAGUACUUGUUAGCUGUUCGCAUUGGGCACUCAUUUAUGCUGGGCCUACUCAUGCUUAUACUGUGCUCGGUACCCCUCACAUGCUUUUACCAGGUCAGCUCUCCACAGCAUGCUGUACCCUGUACCGUGCUGCCUGGCGCUGCCAUGUGCGGAUGGUGUUCCGGGGCACUCUGUGAGUGCAGGCUGAUUUUGCACACAGGGCUGAGCUGCUAUUUUCCUAAUCUCUUACAGCAAUCUUUCUUGGCAUGCUGGGUAGGUCACAAUGAAUAAUGUGCUUUUCCGCUUGGCAGCCAGACUGGAAAGCUGGGGGAAGGGGAAGCGGAGAGAAAGGCAGGAGCUGCUCACAUUCAGGGCUAGUUCAGACUCCACUCUUUGAAGGAGAGAUGCCAGUGCCCUUCUAUGGUCUCUGUGGAGCCACCUGGAAACCAGUUUGGCUCCCACCAGCUGUGCUGGGAGCUGGAGUGGGACUUGCUGUCUGCAGCAUUCCUGAGAUGCCCUCAUCCCAGCUCACAGCCCUGUGGCUGCCCUGUGAGCGUUCAUAUUACAGGCACUGCCGUUUCCCCCCUGCACUGCUGCUGCCCUGCAGAACAGCCAGGCUGAUGUGAUGUGAGCAGGGAAAUGGGGGUGAAAGAGCAGUGCAAGUGAUCGAUGGGACUGCAUGGGCACACAGUGUGAUCCAGUGCUGGGAAAUGCCUGGGGAAGCAAGCAGCUUGUCCUGCAACAGACUGAGAUUCCACCAGGUGAGCACACAUAGCUGGUGUUGUCCAUCCCAUCAGUCCUGCUCUCCGUAGUUACCUGCCCUGUCAUCUCGCCGUGUCCCCACAAGGUACCCGCAGGGCUGGUGCCACCUGGCCACACAAGUAUCCCUGCCUGCCCCGCCAUGGACAGUGAUCACCUUGCUGCCCACUCCCAGCUCAGUCCUGAUGAGCUCUGAGAUUUGGUUUUCCUUGCACAGGCAGAAUUCCCAUUUUUCUCACCCGCAGGAAGGCAGACGACUGCCUGCCUCUUUGUUUUCUUCCCUGUAGCAAAGAGUUGAUGAAUCACUUCCUUUUUCUAUAUUUCAGUAAUACUCUGUGUUGUUCAGUGCUCACAUACAGCAUUUUAAUGUUUUGAACACUCAUAGCCUUCACUCUUCCUGUGAUUGUCCAGGGGUUGGAUAUUUUUGUCUCUGUCCCAACAGUUACAACUUGUUGGAAAUGCUGCAGGUAGCUUUGUCUAUGUCAGUACAAGCUGAACUUUUAAGUUCUUACUGUACUUUGGUCUCAUGACUGUAUUUCUAUUACUGAGUGCCAUCUUUAAAUAAAAAAAAUCUGAAGCACAGAUCCUUGUACCAUUAGACCCUGGAGAUUUUCUUCAGGUACAUACAAAGCUAGGGCUGUAUUUAAUUUCAAAAAAAAAAUAGCCCAAGUUCAGCAUUCUGAAUAGCAGACCCUUCCAGACGCUGGGAUUUCUGCACAGCAAGUUGCUGCCCCGCGAGGUGCACAGCCCUGAGCCUGGGAUUCUCCUGCAGCGCCUGGGGCCAAUUCAUAUGGGCCCUCAUUGUUAUCUCUCCUGUUCACAUGGGUUUUUUUCCCUUUGUUAGUCCACUUUCCUUCCUUGUUUUUAAAGAAUAGCUUAUCUAUGUGCCUCAGAAGGGUGUGGCUCGGGGAGAUCACAGCAAGCUGAAGUGCAGCAACUGGCUGCAGGAACACACGCUGAGGUUUUCACACACUGCAAGCACCCGGAGAUGCGUGCCGGUGGGAGAGGACUGCAUUCCUGCUUCAGCGCUCCACCACCCCGCUCCAGGUGGGACAGAGCCACUGCAGCACAGCAGUGCUUCAACACAUCGGCAGUGUGCACCCAGUGACCAGAUCUGGGUCAUACUGCUGGCUCAGAUGUCCAUCUGCAUCUGAGCUCUGAUGUGACGUGAGCAAACUGGGGCUGGUCCCGUCACACCAUGGCACACUUUCCUGCCUUGUGCACGUGUGUGCAAUCCUGUCACCUCACUGCGUUGUUGCAAAGCUUCUGAGUGAGCGAGUUCUUUCUCUGCCUCAGAGUGCAGUGCCUGCGUUGCUGCCACUCCGAACACUGCAGGAGGAAACUCCUAUUUUUGGUUUGGUUUUGUUUGUUGAGGAGAAGCUUUAUGAUGGGUGACAGAGCAGAGCCUCUGAUGAGUGUGCAUCUUCUCGCCAACUCAGGAUGCUCGGCGUUUCUGCAGCAAGCUCUGGAUCGGCUCAUGGAGUGGAUCUGCCCAGAUGUUCGACUUUUCUUUGUGUCCGAGCGAGCUGCUCCACUGAAAUACUAUGAGAGGUACCAAAGGAGAAACUGCAGCUUUCCUGGGAUAUCUGUCUUCCUUUUUCUGCAUGAGGACCUGGGAGAAGAGCGGAUUCUCCAGGUCCAGGAUCUCCUCCAGCAGCCACCCUGGCACUACCAGUGUGUCCCGACCUGGGCACAACAUCUUCCCCACACACCAGCUCCUCAGGACUUCUAUGGCCUAGACGACCAGAUGCCUGUGUGGGGCAUUCGGCGGGUGGGCUGCAGCCCCGAAAUCCUGCGUGUGACCCUCUACUGCAGCUUUGAUAACUAUGAUGAUGCAGUAGGGCUGUAUGAGAUGAUCCUACGGAAAGAAGCAACCAUCCGGAAAAGCAAUUUCUGUGUCUUCGUGCUGUAUGCCACUAAAACCGUCGCUGUCCAGCUCUGCCUGAAGCAGCUGCCCAUUGGGAUGGCUGCUGAGCCCAAGGAGUCAUCACUUUUGCAGUUCAAGGUGCAAGAAAUGGGGCAGCUGGUGCCUCUCCUGCCCAAUCCAUGUAUUCCUAUCAGCAGGACCAGGUGGCAAACACAAGACUAUGAAGGAAAUAAAAUUCUGCUUCAGGUGCAGGACAGCUCCAAGCAGAACGAAACAAACACUGGGCUUCCCAACCGGCGCAGUGCUGUCGGCGUUGAAGGACUGCCGCGCAGCCCCAUCGCAGCUCCUCUCCCUGUCGCUCUGCGCAGCACGGAGCAGGGAGGCCAGCAGCCCUGGACCUCGAGGGGCAGAGUGACAUCCGUGCCAGGCCAGGCCCUCUUCGGCUCUUCCUGGGGUGCGGCGGUGCCCUCCCGCCACGUGCUCACAAGCAGCAGGCAGCAGGAGGGCUGGCCGUGCCGGCCGGCAGCAGAAACCGACGUGGACACGGGGCUGGCUGUGGGCAGAACUGCGGGCUGCCGCUGCUCGCUGCAGCACGGCCUUCUGCAGCCAUGGCUGCCGGGCGCGGCCUGCACCGCCCCGCACUGUGCACGGCCGCCACCUUCUGUGGCCAACAGGAGGAAAGGAGCGGGGCACAGGGCUCCGGGGUCCCAUGUGCAAACAUGGAGAGCCAGCCCUGGAACCAGGCCCGAGGAGGAAGAGGAGGAGUUCUUCAUAUGACUGGAAACAAGUGCAAGUCGAGUUGUAUCGACAUGAUUUUGUCUGGCCGGGCUGUGCUAGGCUGUGUGCAGGGCCAUGGAAACCUCAACUGGGUCUGAAACAACAGAAGAAGAAAGGCUGCGGGCUCAGAGGGACUGCUGAAGAGCAAGCAGGGCAGGAGAAAUGGAGCCAUGCAGGAGCAAAGAUGUUGAAAUGAUAUGUGCUGCUGCUUGCGCGGUGCAGGCAGUGUGAUUGCUUUCUGCUUAUUUCACUGGACGCUUAACAAAAAGCACACAAACUUACACCCACGUUUUCCUGUGAUCUAUAAAGGUAGUGCCAGAGAGAGGUUUGGUGAGCUGGGAGGGCAGUGUAGCAGAGCAGAGUGGCUGUGCUGCAGUGGGAGGGAGGAGAACAGGUGUGAAAGCCUGGGGGCACCAGUCUGGCUGCGGGUGUGGAGGGGCAGUGAUGAACUGAUAGUGGCUUUAAACGGGCCUUUCACUAUGACCAACAUGUGAAGGGAUGGGAGCCCUGCUCUGGGUGUGGGCAUGAAGGCACAGGGCUCUGUGGGGCCAGCACUGCAGCACUGGCAGGCACCAGAAAAUGCCAUCCCUGGAUCAUGCUGCUGCAGUCACUGCUGUGCCAGGGCCCUGGCCUCCUGCUGAGGGAGCAGCUGGUGAGCUUGGCUCCUUUGGGAAAGCAGUCCUGAGUGCACUCCUCUGUCCUGAGUUUUGUGCCAAAUCGCCAGUUGGUGUCUCUACAGCCUCGGGAACCGCGGAGACGUGGCACUGAGGGACAGGGAGGGCAUGGUGGGAAAAACGGGCAUCGCCUGCCCGUCCCGUGGCGGCGACCCGGGCACGGCCGGACCCUCGGAGCGGCUGGCGGCUCGGGAGCCCCUCGCCGAAGCCCGCGGCCAAGCAGCAGCAACAGCAGCAGCCGCAGCAGCGCGGCGGUGCGGGGCGGCAGCUCCUCCUGGUGCCCACCCGCGGCCCUGCAGCGCUCCCGGCCCGACCCCUUCCGCCGCAGCGGGGGCUGCCGUCCUCGUCUCCGUGCCCGCUGGAGCCGCCCGCUACACGGCAAUAAAAGAGGUGAUAAUGGCAAACGGAGCCGAUCUGUUCCUCAUUCGUUCGUUCACCCAGAUGACAAGCUAUCUCGGCGAUUGAGAUCUGUCAUGUCAGUGACGGGGAAAACAGAGACCUUCCCGAACGCGUCUCACCGGUUAGAUGGCAGCCUCGGGUGCUGAUGUGCUGCAGCUUCGUAUGCAUCUGGUAGUGCUGAGCGUACAGAAAGUUUAAGACAAGGCUCUAACGUGAUGGUUAGAGACUUUUUUUUAAAAAAGCGCCUAGCUAGACCGACUUUUCUGUUGGUGCAGAAAAAAAAGUAAAUCAUUAGUUUUAACUGGGAGUAAUUUAGUUCCAAAAGUGAAAACUGUAACUUCUCCCUUUUUGUCCGUAGCCAAGGAGCAGCAGGUCACCCUCAGGCUGUCGGGGACUGAUUCCAUCCAUGCUGGUGGGGAUGAGGCCGUGCAGUGUGAGGGAGUGCUGUUCUCUAAUGGUGAAGAACAGAAGCUCCUGCUGGAAGCCGAGCAAGGCAAAGGAGCAGCCUGGUGAGGGGAAGCAGGUGCUGGCAGGGCCCUAUGGCACACUCCGGAUGGGACACACAUCCUUUCCCUGUGCUUUGAGAGCCAGAGUUUGGCCCUUCCUGGUAGAUUUGCCAUCUGUUUGCACUUCAGGCCCGUCCCAGCUCUCUGUCCCUCCCUGCAGCCAAGGGGCACAAGGUACCUGGGCACAGGGGUGGCACAGGAGCGUGUAUGCCUUGUCUGGUACUGAGCUCCCCAGCCUUAAUGUGCUCCUGAAGAGGAGGGGUAUGCAGGAAGGACUCAGAAGGAGUAUGACACGCUUUCAUUCUGCAGUCUCAGUAUUUUUUAGAGAGGUUUAUCCUCACUCUGACUGUCAGUGCUUUGCAGCUCUCAUCAGCCACAUAUGUGGCAGGCUCCCUGCAGUGCCACCAGGUUCCCCAGGCAUUGCACAGGAGCUUUGCUUUUGGUCAGUUAAGCUUUAUGCCCUGUGUCUUUAGUGCCUCUUUUAAAUGAAGUGUAAGAGGUCUUUACUUUCCCCCACAUACAACUAUUCCAACAGAAUAACAAAACACUCAUGUAGCAAAGCUAUUUUUUUCCACUGCUGUGAAGUCGGUUUCAUUAUGUGUGCAGAAUGCACCUGAUCAGCCCAGGACUGAGAGCUCAGUUGCAGUGUGUGUUGGAGGAGAGGCAGGGCUCACAGCUAGUUUGGGUGCUGAGCAGGAAGGGUUGGUGCGCUGGGCAGCAUGGGGCUGGGCAGCCAGCAGGAGGCAGUGGCACCUUCAGUGACCUUCACCUCCUCCUCCAACACACUGCUUCCUCCACCAAACCUGCAUUGCAGUUUGCUGUGCUGCUCUUUUUGAUAUUUAAUUCUGAUAAUUUGAAGGGGGCUUUGAGAGGGCUCCAUCUCCCACAGAGCACUGGCAUUAAUAUUCUGGUGCAGCAUCUCAGUUCUGCUGAUUGCAGGCAAGGGCAGAUCCGAUUUCUAUUAGUGUGAAUUAAUAUUCCUGAAGAGUCCCCAAAUCUUUCUUCUCCCCUGCCGCCCUCCCCAGGCGCUGGCAGCCCGGCUGUGCUGGGAGGUGAUUAGAUUUGUAAAUGUGUUCCUGCAGGCACUUGGUGACACUGGGAGUUGUCUCAUCUUGCUUGUGCAGCUGAAAUGGUGACAGCCCCACUUCCCUAAUUGGAAUCGUCUCGAAUCUCAUCUUGGCAUCAGAGUGUUGUGCUGAGCAGGCAGGAGCAGGUUGGCUCAGCUGUUGCAGUUGGUACCAGGCAGAUGCUUGUCUCCCAGACCUGGAGGUGGGCCCAGAUGGGUCCCAACAAGUGAUGGGGGCAGGAAUGAGCCCUGCUCAGCAGCAUUCUCUGUCCCAGGGCAGAGGGGGCAACCCAGAGGGGCAGUUCGGAGGGCUGGGGGGCCCGAUGCAGCCACAGAGUCCCCAGGCUCCUCCACGCUUAUUGUUGCUAAAAACUGGAGUGGAGAGAAUGUAUAUCAGAGUUAAAGCAGCCAGGCCAUGAUAACUAUUAUCCUUGCUUUCUCCUCGCACUUGUCUCCUGCCUGCCACAGCUACGCUAUGCAGAACAUGGGCUACGUGCCUCCUGGCCAUGACUAGAGGGGGUCUGAGCCAUCUUGUUCCCUUGUUACUCUUUGGAUGCAUGCUUGGAGUGGAAGGGUGGUUUUUGUUUUUGCUUUUGAUUUACCAGAAUUGGCUUAAAACGCCCCCGGGAUUCUCAGUUCAAACAAACAAAGGAGAUUACGCUCAAGGAACCUCCCGGGAUGAUACAGCAAUGUGAUACCAGUGGGCACAGAGGGAGCGUGUUUUAGCCAACCCAGAAGCUGGAAGCUUUGUUUUCAGCCUGGCAGAAACAAGCGGAUUUUGGUUGCGUUCCUCUUCCUCCCACAUUUGUUGGUCAUGCUAGGUUGACACAUCUUCAAAGAGUGACCACAUGUAUUAGUAAUGGCACAAAGAGCUGCUUCCUUCAGACCGGACUAUGGGGAAAACCCAUAAUGGUCUCUGGGAUGGGUGAGGGAGGAAGUAAAUGAGCAUUAGGAAACCGUGUGUUGUGGGUUGAACAUGGAAUUUCUCUGUACCUUCUUUCCCAGGGCUUCCCGAUACACUGGGUACACUGUACUUUCCCAGAGGAAGAUGGCAGGUGGGAGGCAGCCAGUAACUUUCUGGGACCACCAGAAAUGUUGCAGUGGGUUAGAUGCAGAGAGCCAGUGCCUGGGCACUGCUGAAGGGACUCUGGUCAGCAGCUGGUGUCACCCACAGGCCUGUGGUGUCAUGCAGAGAGGGCGCUGAGCACCCUCCUAGCCUGUAUCAGCUCCCCAAAGCCCCUGCUUGGUUUUAACCAGGCUGAGGGUUUUUCUGGGAUGGGAUGAGGGUAGAAAUUAGUUGACAAUUUUGCUGUGGUUUUUCAUCUUGAUUUAAUUCAGAACUACCGGGUUUUGUGGAGGGAAUAGCUGAUUGCAGGAAUGCAUCGUACUGAUGCUUACCAGAUACUUUUUUAGAUGGGAAAAUCUUUCUGUGUCACGAGAAAGUUUGCAAAUGUUAGUUUUCUUGUAAGUCAGAGUGAAACCAGAUUUCGAGAGGUUUCAGCUUCUCCCAAACAUUGGGUUUUGGACACCUUCAGCCCUCUGGCAGCUGGCUGGGGCUGCUGAGUGACCUCCCACCAUGGCACACGGCACAAGGUGUUGAAAAACCUGAGGCAAGAUGUGGUACCAAGCCAGGUGUUUCAUAGUGAGGAAGAGCAAAACUGUUUUUUCUUGUAGCCUUAUUUAGUUUUUAUAUUAUGUCUUAGUGGGGACUUUUCUUUCCAUUUCAUUUUUCGAGUCUGGUAACAGCCCCUGUUGUGUUUUUGCAAGAUUUAUGUGAUGACAGCAUGAGUGCCUUCCCAGCAGAAUCACAGAAUGGCCAGGGUUGGAAGGGACCUCAAGGAUCAUGAAUCUCCAACCCCCCUGCCACAUGCAGAGCCACCAACCUCCUCAUUUAAUGCUAGACCUGGCUGCCUGUGCCAGGGUGCUGGCUUACCCCCAUCCAGCAGCACCCAGGGCUUGCUCUCCCAUGCUCUGCUUAGCACAUCCUACCUUGCACUAUGCUUGCAAAGGUGUGAAUGGAGAAGGACUGGUAAAACACUUUUUUCCAUCUUGCAGAUUGCACUUGCAACUGCUUAUCUGGCUGCUUGAUCCAUGAGAAUGUGUCUCAGAGCAUCUGGAAGCACGUGGAUAGCUUCCAUCCCCUCCCAGGGACUUGCGGGUCCUGGCUGCAUGCAGGAGAAGGACGGGAGAUUUGGAGCCGUGGCUGCGCCGCGUGGCAGCAUGCCUGUGAGGUUUGCUGUGCUUGGAUAGAGCAGAACUGUGCAAAAACAGAACAAGAUGGGAUUUUUCCAGGUUUACUUUGAGCUUUAACUUGUUCCAAGUGUAACACUGAGAUCUUACCACUUCUUUUGUUUUCCACGCUCUGCUGCACUCUGUGGCAGCAGCAGUCACAAGUGUCAGACCAUCAUCAAAGCCUGGUUUUGAGUUGUGUGUGAAGGAAACUAUCCUGACAAUGAAAAUGCUCACAGGGUAUUGCCAUGCUAAGGCUGUGUGCAGGUUUGGCACCACUUCUGCCCUUGCAGUGAUGUUGGAGCUCAAUGGGUGAAGGUGGGGGAAGGGCCAUUCAUGGCAGCUGUGGUGCAUGGGGCCAGUGGGAUUCGUGUCUGUAUUUCUCUGUUGCUUUUCUGGGUGGAACUUGUGUGAGUAAACCUAUUGUGGUUUUAAGUUAACGUGCAGUUAGAGAAGGAAGUUUAUUUGAGUGUUUGCCCUGUGUGUUUCUCCUUUGUCUUUUGUCUUGCUUGACUGAUACACAGCAAUGCACUCUGGCAACCUCAGCCUACCCGUCUGCUCUCAUUAGCACUCCAGCAUGUGUUUUUACUUUACGGAGGGCUGCACGGUGUUGUGGACGGUAAUGGGAAAGGAGGUGGUGUGGGUAUGUGGCAGCCAUUCUAACAUUGACAACAUCUUCGCAUUUUUAAAAAGCCAGAGUUGUCACACGUUUUGUUCUGAAAGCCAUUUGUCUGUAAUCUUCAACUAUAGUAAUAAUCAUAAUCAUCAUCCUGCUAGUGCAGAGGAUGUGUGGGAGAAACAGGCCUUGAAAAUUUCCUCCGAGCCUGUGCCAAGCCUGAAGCAAUCUUUUUUUCAUGACGGAAGGCCGUUCUCAGGGCGGUGGGUAGCAGCCCAGCUGCGACGUGUCAGCGCCGAGCGCUGCGUCCCGUGCUGGAGCAGCAUGGCUUCUCUGCAUCCUUUCGUCAAGCGUGUAGGAGGCGGCGUGGUCGUUUCUCCAGAAAUGGGGAAAUGGAGCCCUGGCUGCCCUGCGAUGUCCUCUGAGUCAGCAGAGUGGCCCUGCGCCCUCGCAGCCCGCUGCAUGGAGCAGCAGUGCCGCAUGGCAGCCCCUGGGACGCAGUGCAGCCACACAAAAUGGAUGGGCCUGUCAGAGCUGUGCUGCGUGCUUAUGGCUGGGGAGGUGCUCUGGGCACAGGGCUUGUCACUGCUGCGGAAAACUGCCCUGCAGGGAGUCGUUUCUUGUGCUUCUUCUUAGCCUGAUAGCCUGUAGUAGGAUUGAGUUUUGGAAGCUGGAUGAAAAUCAGUUCUUUUGAGUUUAAAAAUUCAGCCAGGUGUGGUUGGUCAAGUCAUUUUCCUGUCUCCUUGUGCUUCGUAGACAUUUCAGCAGCGGACGUCAUCACAAGCAUAAGGAACAAAGUGAUCUCAAACUCUCCACCAAGCAGGGAAAUAGUAUUAUUCUUGUUUUAUUCAGAGGGAGAUGGAAAUAAAGGGGUUUGAUACAGCUUGUCCAACAUCACAUGGAGAAUCUCUUUUAUAAAAAGCAGAUCUCUCAUCUCUUAAUCUGAGGCAUUAGCUGCAACAACAUCCUUCUUCCUUAACAUCCCUUCAUACGUGCAGUAACUUUGCACUAACGGUUUGUUUUUAUUGGGCAUGGCCUUGAGAAGUGAUUUCUUUGAGCUGUGGCCAACUCACUCACUGGCUUUUGUUCAGCAGUAAUGAGAUGGCUUAACAUAAAUUCAGGAGCAUGCCAGGGCUUUGCACCUGAACAGGCAUCCAGAGUCUGAACUCUACAUCCAACACUUAGAAAAACAUCCCUUGAUAUUGUUUGGAGAGAAUCAAUUAGGAAGAGGAUGAAUGCAGAUGUGUGACGCGUGCCAGCUGCAGUGAUCUUAGGUACUUGGGCCCGAUUCUUUUUUGUGUUACGCUGUAUUGUGGCUCCCUGGUUCAGUCUGCAUCUUUUCUGUCGGAGAGGAGGAGAUGUGGCCUCAUGUCAGUGAUGUUGGGCCCCAGCAUGACUCCAGAAAGGCUGGCUGGUGGUGGGCAGAAGGAAGUGAGGUUUUGGUGGUGGUAAAAGGGCAGUGCUGGGUGCUGGGUCCUACAGCAGCAUGGGGCAAUGAGAGUGCCAGGGCCUUCCCUGCCACCCUGCAGCUGUGUUGCUGUGACUGAACUUGUUUGCUGUUUGCAAUAGCUUUCUCUUUCGGUCACAGAUCAGGCAGUUUUGGCUUGGUUUUAAUUACCAUCUGACCUCCUUGCUGCUAGUUCUCUUCUGCACUUGCUGUGUUGCAGUCAUUUUGCUCUGGGCUGUAUUCUGGGAAAAACUAGGACAAGCUCCUUGGUGCCUUUGGUAGAUGUUAUGCCUGGAAGGUGGCCCAGUGCUGUAAGAAAUGCUCCUGACUGAGUAAGAGAAGCCAAGAAAUAAAAAGUUAGGAUAGCAUUCCAGUUAAAACAUGGGAGUACCUCUUGCCAUUUCAGAGUGGCUUAGCCUAUGUCAUCACAGAGCUGAAGGAAAGGAGGACCCAGGUGCUGCAGCUCCCAGAAGACUACUGAUCAUAUAAACAGCAACUGAAGAGUUUCCAGUGAUAGUCUAGAACAACACCUUCUGUCUGUGUAGUGCUGGGGAGGACAGCCCCACAAGGCAGGCCCCAGCGUUCGCUCCUGUUGCUGUGGGUGCUGCUGUCAAGAGGUGGUUCUUCUGCUGUGGGUUUGUCAAGUUCCUCACUUAACAGGGCUCUGGCCUGAUGGUACUAUUGCUGUGUAAAGGGUGAAUAUUGAAGUGUUAUCAUUUAGUCCUGAACAGGCACAAACUCGCUAUUUUUUUAUCCCUGCUGAAUUUGCCAUUCCUACGGAGUUAUUCUUAGAAUGUUGUUGAAUAAAAGCCUAGCUUGUCAGCGUGGCUUCUUUUUUAUUGUAUUUAUGCAUUGAAUCUAACCUAUGGAUAGUGGUGAGCGUCAUACUGAUUUGUGGAAAUGCUCUAGUUCUUUGUCUUGUGCAUUUUUAAAUGAAGCAGUCUCUGAAGUGUUUAUCUGCAGGCACAAAAGCCCCUAUAAAUUGAUGCAUAUUCCUAACUUUAUAAGACUUGCAUAUUAAUCUGCUUAUUUUCCAUCUCAACAAAGGGCCUCCGGAACCCACAAACGUAGUCAUAAUUCUCCUGAUCUGGUUUGCUACAAGGUUUUGCUUGACUACACAGAUGUUUUCCAUGUAUUUGGCAAAAGAGGGGUCAAAGCCUGCAUCUGGCCCACUAUUUCUGGCAAAAACCCUGAUGUGUUUAAUCCUUUUUGAACAUGAAUAUUCUGAAAGCUCAUUUGAUUUAUUAACCUGAUUAUUUUAAUGUGGAGAAACAAUGUGGAACAGUGACCUUUGUUCAGGAAAAUGCUCGUCCAAGUGUUUCUGCUCUGAAUCCGUCAGAGCUCAGUGCGGAGUGUGUGAAGGACUGGUUCACACAGCAGGGCUACUCAGGGUCACAGGUAAGCCUCUUUGCAAGGCUCUUUUGCUCUGCACUGUCUGUAGCUGGGGAGUCCAAGCCUGGGCAGUACUGCAUGAGGCUCUUCAUACAGGUAAGGGCUGAGCUCACCUGAAAAUCACAGCAGGGCUUGUGCAGACUGGUCAUCUGUAGUAUUGCUGAAUGAGCAAGAUGAGUUGGUUUUCAGGGGAUGUUACGCCAUGCAGUUUCAUUAAACACUCCUCUCCAUCUCCCCAGAGAGCAGGAGAUCACCUCUUCCUAUGUGCUUUGGGAAUGUGCAGUGACUAAGCAUCAGUAUUAUCUCGUUCUCUGCUGGGUAGUCUGAGUGUCCCCAGUGUGUACUGAACUGGGUGCUGUACAGACGUGAGACAGAUGGAUGCCAUCCUCGAGGGCUUUGCAAUAGAAGCGUAUUUCCUCAGUGAAUGGCAGUGCUGCAGGAUGAGUAAUGCCCUUAACAUUUUAUACGGAGCUUCUCAGUCUGUGUGACAGGGCUGUAGUCUGGAUCACUAUUCCUCCCUUCCUAUUACUCACAGAUAAACUGACUAAUUCACACAUUUUUGGCCAGCGGUUUUCAAAGUUGGCUGCCUAAAAGAAAGCAUCUUUAACGAGAGUGGCUGGGUUUCAGAAGCUGCUGAGGAGCCCUGAUGCCAAGCAGAGCCCAAUUUACAAUCAUUGAGCCAAGUUUUCUUUACAUCUGCAAACCCUGGUAGCAUUUUCACUCUAACUGGGAUUGGAAAGGUACUGGGCUCAGCCAACCCCAAGAGCAGUGCAGCAGCCAGGAGCAGGCUGGGCAUGCAGUGGAUGCCCAGGGAGGUAUCUGCGGGGGAUGAGCACUGCUUUUGCAAGCUGGGUGUUGGAAAAGGAAACCAUUGGAAACAAUACCAAAGCCAAUAAACAAUCCUGUGUGCAACAAACUUUAAAAUUCUCCAUUUCGUAAGAAAUAGCAAUUGUUUGGGGCCAGUAUCAUAAAUGCCCAUCUCAGAGUGCUUUCCUCAGCUCUGACCACAGCCAGAUGUUUAGUCAAAUCCUGUUAACCUCAGUUUCACAAGUUCAGGCUUUUCCUGUGCUCGGGGCCAGAACCAAAGCUUGCUGGUGUGAUGGAGGGCCUCCUUGGGACGCAGGGGAUCUAGGUCAGGACUUGAGAUGGUUUGUGUGAAUAUAGGAAAGCAGUUCUCAAACAACUCUCGCUGUGUCUUGAGUACUGUUCACUUUUGGGCUUUGAAAAUUUGUCAGUGUAGACAUCUGUGAAAAUCAGCCUCUAUGAGAGACACUGAAUGAAACCCGGGGAUGAGGAAGGACACACUUCUAAAGACUCGUGAAAAGCUGAGCUCACACAACUUGUGUUACGUGUUGGAUGCAUUGCAUUCUCCUCUUCUGCAGAGAAAUAUCAGUGGGCAAAGAAGUCUCAAACUGUUCUUAAUUCUGCAUGUAUGGCAUGGAUUGAACAGCAGUCAUCCAGAAAGCAGAAACACUAGUGGCAGAACUCUUGUAGAGGGUAGAGAUUUGCUGUUCCAUUUCAUUCUUCUAUCCUGGUGUGACUUUGUGACCUCAGGAAAUCCCUUUCUAUCAUGAAAGCUGUCUCCACAGUGAGCUCGGUGGGCCUGCAGGUAAGUUGAGGGGGGCAGCAGGUCUCAUGGGCUUUCCUUCUAACUUCUGUCAGAGAAGUGUGAAGUCGAUGAGAUGCAGACAUGGCAAUAAUGACUGUCUUUGUCUCCUACUGACCAUCAGUUAUCACACAGGUAGUUGCUUCCAAAAAUUCUUUCUUCAGCAGCAGUGUUGGUUGGGUGUUGGAUGUCUGUUCUGGCUGUAAGCAGCUCUGAAGGAGCCAGUUGGUAGUGAGACUGGGAUUCAUCUCAGUUAUGGUCUGAUCUUCUGAACAGCCAGGACUGAGAAACCCUCAGCUGUACUGGGACUGAAGAGAGCUACAACUGGCACAGAUGUUGCAUUUCAUGCCUCAGUUGCCUCUUA